AUGUCCAGUUCCAACAGAACCAUCUUCACCAACCCCUCCACCUUCAUCCUGAUGGGCAUCCCUGGCCUGGAGGCAGCUCAUAUCUGGGUCUCCAUCCCCUUCUGUGCCAUUUACGUCAUAACCAUCUUGGCAAAUUUCACCAUCCUAUACAUUGUGAAGACAGAGCCGAGCCUCCAUGAGCCCAUGUAUUAUUUCCUCUGCAUGCUGGCCGUCACCGACCUGGUCCUGUCCACAUCCACCCUGCCCACAAUGCUGAGCAACUUCUGGUUCAAUGACAGGGAGAUCGGUUUCAGUGCCUGCCUCACCCAGCUGUACUUUGUUCACUGCUUCUCUGCGAUUGAGUCUGGGAUCUUCGUGGCCAUGGCCUUAGAUCGCUACGUGGCCAUCUGUAAUCCCCUGAGACAUUCCACCAUCCUGACAAACCCUGUGGUGGCCAAAAUCGGUUUGGCCGUGCUUCUGAGUGGUGGCGUACUUGCAUUACCCUACCCCUUCCUGGCAAGGCAGUGGCCAUAUUGCAGAACCAACAUCAUCCCCUACACGCACUGUGAGCACAUAGCUGUGGUGAACCUGGCCUGUGCCGACAUCCGCAUCAGUAGUUACUACGGCCUCUCGGUGCUACUCUGUAUAAAUGGUCUGUAUGUGAUUUUGAUCGCUGUGUCCUACACCCAGAUCCUCAGGGCCAUCUUCCGCCUCCCCACAAAGGACGCCCGGCUCAAGACUUUUGGCACUUGUGUCUCCCACCUCUGUGCCAUCUUAGCUUUCUACAUCCCAACUUACUUCUCCUCCCUCUCGCAGCGGUUUGGUCACAAUUUGCCCCUCUCUUUUCAUGUUCUCCUUGCCAACGUGUACCUCCUGGUGCCCCCCAUGCUGAACCCCAUCAUCUAUGGGGUGAGGACCAAGCAGAUCCGAGACAGGCUCUUCUGA